AUGCCGAAGCCAGAGAAGUCAGACAAGUCGCAUCGGCGCGACAGACCCAAGGAACAAAAGCCCGAAGUGCCAAACUUCCUCGGUCAACUACAGAUGUUCAUUCAAGACACACAGACAAUGGAAGAAACCUAUGGCCCAAGACCUAAAACCAAGCAAAGAGAUUCUCACAGAGACGCACAUAGAGAAUCUCGUCACAGAGAAUCUCACCGCAGAGAACCUCACCACAGAGAACCUCACCACAGAGAACCUCACCACAGAGAACCUCACCACAGAGAACCUCAUCACAGAGAAUCUCAUAGGGAGCCUCGCAGACACUCUACAGGCUUGAGCUCGGAAAGUCGCAAGGAUCAUCCAGGAUUGGGGUUUCUCAGCGCCAUGCCAAAUAGCCAGCUGGUAAGGGAGUAUGGACUAUCGGAGCCUAGACAAAGCAGAUCAACAACCCAGGACGCUUCGAACCACCGAUACCACAACUCAAAGUCUUCCGGUGAGAGAGAGAGCGUAGGACACUCACACGGCCAUGGCAGCUCACAACCCCCUAUCAACAAGAAGGUAUAUGGCUGGUAG